CUCAUUCUUAAUCUCAGCGCGGCGAAGACGAAUAGAUCUUGUAUUAUGUUGUCACUGUAGCUAUAAUGAUGUUGCACUGGGUGGAUCAUUAGGUCGUGCUCGUCGUGUGAAUAUUUUUAGAUAUGUUGUUGCAUUAUGGGUGAACAUGAAGUAGGUGUGAUGAACAAGUUACUGAUGUGAUGAACAAGUUACUUGAUAUAAUAUUCAUCCCUGUCUUAGACACUUCUAGAUAGUUCUUGAAAUAUGACGGACAAAAUGCCUAGCACAUCGACGUCUUCGUCUCCCGCUGGGCCUGACUCUCAAGAGUCCCAACAGACGAAUACGAGAAAAAAUGGAGGACGAGGAGGUGGUGGCGGUGGUAAAAAUAACAAUAACAAGGGCGGAGUCGCAGCAGGAGGUUCAAAUAUGAAGCAGCAACAAAUGAAUGGUUCUACUUCUACUGGAGGUUCUGGUGCUACGACUGCUUCGUCUAGUGCCCCAGUGCCUACUUCAGGUGCUGGGAGGAAAGGUGGAUCUGGUUCGUCAAUACAAAACGAUAAUAGUUCUUGUAAAGUAGACGUAAGAACAAAUACUAAUACGACAGGAGGAGGUGGUAAAACAAAGCCGGGUGCUGAAGAAGGUGAAUCCUCUUCGCAACCGCUUAGUGGGCAACAGGGUGAGCAAAAUGAUCUGACGUCAGGAGUCUCAGGUGGG